AUGAACAACUUCUUUUCUAGCCCGUUCUCCCAAGAGGACCUGCAGCAGCGGCUUGCACAGCGACGACGAAAUGGCCCCUCACGAACAUCGAGUAUGACAAUGGUGCCGCCGGCCGCCUCGCCGGAUAACGAGGGCCAGGUUGAUAUGGGGAUGAUGCCUGUUGGUGGGGAAACUUUGGACGACAUCAUAAUGCAGAACAACAACGAGAUGCAGCGGCGGCAGAGCAUACCGCAAGCGUACAAUCCGCAGGACAUGGACCGCCGAGGGUCAAUGAUGGAAUUCGGGACAGCGAACGGCUCUCUGAAUGGUUAUCAGUUUGUGCCUCAGACAACGGGGCCUGGUGAUCCGCAAGGACAUAUGCGGAGACACUCGGAAGAUGAAUUGUCGAUGGGUGGCGGAUAUGUGGAUAUGUCUUCUGGUAUGAAUAUGUCUGGCCAACAGAUGGGCUUCUCAUCUUCCAUGCCGAUGCAAGACAAUCUGACCAUCAACACGAACUCCCAAUACGCCCCCAUGACUACGGAAAUGAUGCAGAAUAUGAUGGGAUUUUCGCCAAUGGGAAUGGAAGGCAUGUCAGAGGAAGACUCGAAUGCUAUGAACAUGUUUUCACCGUCAAACUACCAGCAGAAUUUCGGGAAUGGUAAUAUGGAUGGGAUGCAAGGCAAUUAUAUGAUGCCACCGAGCAUGUCAGAUGGGCUGCCAACUCAGGCUCCAAGUAUGAGCGGUGCAGAGGAGCUCAACAACAUGGUUCCCCCCAUACCAAGUCAAGUCGGCGCGGAGAAUCCUACGGUCGGCUCACCUUCAAACAUGGGAAUGAAUCAGAAUGCGCUUUCUUAUAACUCACCAGUUUCGGGCAGACCACCCGAACUUUCCAAUCACAACUCUUCUUACAGCAUACCACAACCCCCAACGCCAGUGUCAGGUCCGGAUGCACAACAAGAGUUAGAAAUUGGGCCAAAGCCAGAGCCGAAGUCAUCCGGCUAUCACGGAAUUUACUCGUCUAGUGGAUUCGAUAUGCUGGGAGCUUUGAUGAAAGUAGCGACGAGAAAGAAUCCCGAAAUCGACAUUGGCAAGGUCGAUAUGUCAUGUGCUUUUGUUGUAUGCGAUAUUACACUUUACGACUGCCCAAUCAUCUAUGUCUCAGACAUUUUCGAGCGUUUGACUGGAUACACAAAGCAUGAAGUCAAGGGUCAGAAUUGCCGAUUUCUCCAGUCGCCAGAAGGCAAGGUCGAGGCCGGAGCUCGGAGAGAAUUUGUGGAUAAUGACUCUGUCUAUUAUCUCCGAAACAGGAUACACGAGAAGAAGGAAGCCCAACGUAGUUUGAUCAAUUAUCGUAAAGGAGGCCAGCCAUUCAUGAACUUGCUAACAAUGAUACCCAUCACUGGAGAGGAUGAUAAGGAGAUCAGAUAUUUUGUGGGAUUUCAGGUCGAUCUUGUGGAGAAGCCUACAGCCGUGGAGACGAAGAACUCGAGUGGUUUGUACACGGUGGAUUAUUCGCAAGGAGCUUUGCCGAGAUACGUUUGGAACCCUCCGGAAGCGAGUCGGCCUAUGGAUGGUGGCCAGACGAUCAGUCGGGAUGAUGUGUCUACAGUGUUGAGCUCUAUCAACAGCAGCUCGGAAUCGGAAUUGACUAAACGGAUGUGGGACAAGGUGCUGUUGGAGAAUACAGACGAUGUUGUUCAUGUCCUGUCUCUGAAAGGCUUGUUCCUGUACCUGUCGCCAUCUUGUCGUCACGUUCUAGAGUACGAUGCAUCGGAGCUUGUCGGGACUGCGUUGUCAUCCGUCUGUCACCCCAGUGAUAUCGUGCCUGUUACGAGAGAAUUGAAAGACACGUCGACGGGAGCAGCAGUCAAUGUUGUAUUCCGGAUCCGACGAAAGAAGAGCGGUUACACAUGGUUUGAGAGUCACGGUUCGCUGUGCGUUGAGCAAGGUAAGGGUCGAAAGUGCAUCAUUCUGGUGGGAAGAGAACGACCCGUUUAUGCACUUCAUCGGCACGAUAUUGAAGCAGCAGGGGGUAUUGGCGAGAGUGAGAUGUGGACUAAGUUGUCUACCUCGGGCAUGUUCUUGUUUGUCUCAUCGAAUGUGCGGACGCUCCUGGACCGAUCGUCUGAAGAUCUUGUUGGCACUAGCAUUCAGGCUCUGAUGCGUGCCGAAUCAAGAGUAGAAUUCGGUCGCUCCCUGGAAAAAGCGAGAACUGGAAAGCGAGUGACCCAUAAGCAUGAGAUACUGAAUAAGAGAGGUCUUGUAUUGCAGGCGCAGACCACUCUUUAUCCUGGCGAUGCCUCUGAAGGCCAAAAGCCAACGUUCCUCGUUGCUCAGACCAGAUUAUUGAAAUCAUCCACACGUCAAGUUGCUCCUACUCUUGGCUCGCACGGGUCCAAGUCAGUAAGUCCGAUACAACGAAUGGAUAUGACUUCUGAAGAGUCGACACCUCACAGCCACGUCUCGGCUUUGUCGUCGAACCUCAGUCAAGAGUUAGUGGUUGCUACUCACAGGACAGGUGCAUCUACAUCACUAGCCACUACAGGAGUUAUUUCCCAAGCAGGUGGAUCAGGGCUACCGAUUGGAUCGCAAGAUCUCGCGUUAGCAUCGGAAGACAACAUUUUCGACGAAUUGAAGACAACUAGAUGUACCAGUUGGCAAUUCGAGCUUCGUCAAAUGGAGAAGAGCAAUAGGUUGCUUGCCGAAGAAUUGGCGGCCCUGCUGUCGAGCAAGAAAAAGCGCAAGAGGAGGAAAGGCGCCGGACACCCACACCGUGAUUGUGCGAACUGUCACACGCGAGUCACACCGGAAUGGCGACGCGGACCAAGCGGGCAGAGAGAUCUAUGCAACAGCUGUGGGCUUAGAUGGGCUAAACAGACCGGCCGUGUCUCCCCCCGCAACUCCACCCGUGGUGGCGACGGCUCCAAACAGUCUCAAAACUCCUCCUCACCAGUCCACUCCUCUCCUCUUCAACAAGAAGUCUCGCAGAACCAACUCGGCAACCCGAAUCUCAACUUCGACAAGGCGACACACGGCGAUAUGAAGGGCGAAGGAGGAGCUGCGGUCCCCGAGAGUCUUGGUGGGAGGAGUACGUUUGAUAGUAUGCCGGUUCAUCAGCCUAGUCAAGGGUAUAGAGAGGGCGGGAAGAGGAAGAUCACGAAUAUUGAUGAGUCUGAUGAGGGCGUUACAUGA